AUGCUAGAACGGAGGCUUGCAACUGCUUUUGUUAAGCGAGAACGGAGACCUGCUUCCUUUGUUAAGCGAGCACAGAACCUUGCCAAUGAUCCUGACAAACCUAAGAGGCCUGCAAAUGCUUUCGUCCUUUCCAUUGAAGAGUUGAAGAAGCAGUUCAUGAAGGAGAAACCAAAAGCCAAGUGGAAACAGUUGUCAGAUGUUGACAGAGCUCCUUACAUAACAGAGACAGAGAAAACGAAGGCCGAAUAUCAAAAGAACAUGGAUCUUUAUAACUGGCGAGUGGCUGCUGGAUCUAUGGAAGAAGAGGAAUAUCAUAAGUAUUGGUCCAAGGUUAACGAGGAAGAGGAGGACGACGACUGA